GGCCUCUUCGUUAGUGGUAUUAUUGGGGAUCGUUUGAACAUGCGCUGGGUUCUGGCAUUUGGGAUGUGCUCCUCUGCCUUAGUGGUGUUUGUGUUUGGCACUGUCACCGAAUGGCUUCAUUUCUACAACAAGUGGUUCUACUGCUGCCUGUGGAUUGUGAAUGGCUUGCUGCAGUCCACGGGCUGGCCCUGUGUUGUAGCUGUCAUGGGAAACUGGUUUGGCAAAGCUGGGAGAGGGUUUGUUUUUGGACUCUGGAGUGCCUGUGCAUCAGUGGGUAACAUCCUUGGAGCAUUUCUCGCCUCUUCGGUUCUGCAGUAUGGCUAUGAGUAUGCCUUCUUGGUGACAGCAUCAGUACAAUUUGCUGGAGGAGUUAUUGUCUUUUUUGGCCUUGUGAUUUCUCCCAAAGAAGUAGGCCUCCCUGAAAUGGGAAAAGAAGGGGAUGGUGAUGCUGCUGAAGAAGAUGCCACUGAGCCAUUAAUUAGCAGCCAUGAGAAUGAAGAUUUUGAUGAGCAGAAUUACACCAUUCAGGCAUCUAGCAGUAGUACAAAUACUCCAUCCCAGGCCAUUGGAUUCUUUCAGGCGUGUUGUCUGCCUGGCGUCUUAUUGUAUUCCUUGGCCUAUGCUUGCCUGAAGCUAGUAAACUAUUCCUUCUUCUUCUGGCUGCCCUUCUACCUCAGCAACAAUUUUGGUUGGAAGGAGGCAGAAGCUGACCAACUCUCAAUCUGGUAUGAUGUUGGAGGCAUUAUAGGUGGUACCAUCCAAGGUUUUAUCUCUGACAUGCUACAAAAAAGAGCUCCUGUAUUAGCUAUUAGCCUCAUUUUGGCUAUUGGAUCUCUCUUUGGAUACAGCCGUUCCCCAAAUAACAAACCUAUCAAUGCAGUUAUCAUGGCAAUUACAGGCUUUUUUAUUGGAGGCCCUUCCAACAUGAUCAGCUCUGCCAUUUCUGCAGACCUGGGGCAUCAGGAAGCGAUCAAAGGAAGUAGCGAGGCUCUUGCAACUGUGACAGGAAUUGUGGAUGGCACCGGCAGUAUUGGGGCCGCUGUGGGUCAGUACUUAGUAUCUUUGAUCCAGGAGAAGUUGGGAUGGAUGCAAGUUUUCUAUUUCUUCAUUUUGAUGACCAGUUUAACGGUGGUCUUCAUCAUGCCUUUGAUAGUGAAAGAAACUAGUAUGCUCCUUACGCAGAGGCGCUUGCGCAGAUCGGAUUUGCUGAAAGACUGCUGAGAAAUGGCCACCAAUACAUUCAUCACUGAAAGAUUGUCAUCUGAAUCCCAUCCGAAGAUAAUGCUAUGGAAACCCACAACUGGGAAAGAGCUAAUUGUGUGCUUGGAAGGCUUAGUGAGUGUAACAGUGAGAGAUGUUUUCUCUUUGAUUUUUACCUCUUGUUUCCAAGGCUUGUUUAUGCAAUUAUCAAGAUUAAGUGAUAAAACAUUGGGCUUGUGUGUGGGAGAAAGGUUCUUGAAAGCAGAAAGUGAUUGUGCCUAGAAAAAGCAUUUGUAUAGUAAACCCUUGAUUUAAUGGAUAGGGACCCGGGCAGGGGAAAGGGGUGUCUAUUAAAGCUGAAUGAGAUUGUUCGAGGCCAAAAUGUACCCAUACAUGAAAUUACUUUAAUAAUCAUAAGUGUUUGGUGUCGCCUUUACCUAUGAAGCCAUAGGUAAAAGCUAUACCUAAAAUAUUUAUACCUUUUCUUACAAAAUACAGUCACCAACUCUUGUGAAAGAGUUUGAGAUAGCCACUAACUGACCAGGUAACUAUU